GUCAAGCCUGAAGGCUUGUUGCUAGGAUACCGUACACGAAUUCUUUUCACAGGUCAGUCGAGAUCGAGCUGUUUGACUAUUGCAGUGUAAAUAUAAUUGUUUUGUUUGUUUUAAGUGAUUUGGAUGGUGAAUUUGGUCACAGUAUGCCCUUCUUGAAGAGACACCGGACUACAGAACCUCUUGUAAAACUUUGGGACAAAAAGGCCCAAAAAUGUGGCCCACAUCACACUGUGUAUUCUGUCAACGGAGAUCAAUACACAGGCGAGUGGAUGGAAAAUAAGAAACAUGGAAAAGGAGCACAGGUUUGGAAGAAAACAGGACUGAUCUAUGACGGGGACUGGAGGUGUGGAAAGAGAGAAGGCUAUGGAACCCUGAGCAAGACUGACCCUGAAACCAAAGAGUAUGUGAGAGUUUAUGUUGGUUCUUGGCGGAAUGACAAGAAGGAAGGUGCCGGGACAUAUUUCUACAGUCCGUCUGCGUUCUAUGAGGGGCAGUGGAGGGAAGAUCAGAGGAGUGGAUGGGGACGGAUGCAGUAUGAGAAUGGGGAGCUGUAUGAGGGAGAGUGGCUGAAGGACAAACAUCAUGGACAGGGUUUGCUUCUGCUAGCUAAUGGAAACCGGUUUGUGGGCACCUGGAGUGACGGACAGAAAAACGGACACGGCAAGUUCUACUACCUGGACAGAGGUCAGCUGUACGAAGGCUUUUGGGUUGACGGUGUUGCUAAGUCUGGAACCGUGUUUGAUUUUGAGAGAGAAGCAGCAGUUAGACCAACAGUGUAUCCAAUUCCCAAGGUUUGCCUACAGGAUUCACAGGCUGUGCUGAUGGAGGCACAAGCAUAUUUCACUGAGGACAAGGAGAAAUCAACAGAGACCACGAUUCCAAGUCACAUGGUUGCUAGGCAAUAUGUAACUUGACAAUAUUCUGAAAUCAAAAAAGGCAGACGAGUGCAGUGAAAUACAUUUUAUCAACCCCUCACGCACAAUAAAAUCAAUUUUACACAAUACAUAAAAGCUGUUGGUACAUUCUGCAUCUACUAGUAUUGAAGAAAAUGGCAAGAUUUUAUUUUGCCAAGAAUUGCAUGUCAUGCAUGAUAUAGAAGAACACAAAUAGGUGUUUGGUUGAAGUUGGUCUGAUUAAGACUUUAAUUAAAAUGUAGAAAACUGUGGGUUUUUAAAUUCCAGCACAUGCUGUGCACUAAUAUAAA